CCAGAACCUGGAAGUGGACCGCCAUGGAGUCCAGCAUCUUUUUCCUCCUGUGUUUUAUUGGGCUCAGCUGCGAGAACAGGCAGAAGAUCUUUAAAGGCACGGACUGCACCCCUCACUCUCAGCCCUGGCAGGUGGCGCUGUUUGAAGGCACACAGCUGCGCUGUGGGGGCGUCCUCAUUGACCGCAGGUGGAUUCUCACGGCUGCUCACUGCAGCGCUAGCAGGUACUGGCUCAGCCUGGGAGAACACAGCCUCAGCCAGCUGGACUGGACCGAACAGAUCCGUCACAGUGGCCUCUCCGUGACCCACCCUGGCUACCAGGCAGCCCUGCAGAACCAUGACAAUGACCUCCGGCUUCUGCAAAUGGGCCUCCCUGUCCACCUGACCCGCAGCAUCCAGCCCCUGCCCCUGCCCGCGACCUGUGCAGUGCCUGGCACCAAGUGCCACAUCUCGGGCUGGGGCACCACCAGCCACCCAGGGAACCAGUUGUCAGACCGACUCCAAUGCCUUAACCUCUCUAUCGUCUCUGAUGCCACCUGCCGGGCAGCGUUCCCCGGGAGAAUCACGGACAACAUGGUGUGUGCUGGCGGCAUCGCGGGGGAGGAUGCCUGCCAGGGUGACUCUGGGGGUCCCCUGGUAUGCGGAGGAGUCCUUCAGGGUCUGGUGUCCUGGGGAACCGUGGAGCCUUGUGGGCAAGAAGGCAUCCCAGGGGUCUACACCAACAUCUGCAAAUACGUGGACUGGAUCCGGAUGGUCAUGAGGAACAACUGACCUGCUGUCUCCACCUUCAUGCCUCAGCUUGGGGGCCACGUGGACCCUCAGAGCGCCAAUACCUCUUCCAUCAUCACCCCCAGCUCCCACUCUUCUUGGACUGGGUAUCUUCUUCCCGGAACUCCAACUCCAGCCAGCCCUUCUAAGACCCAUGGUUGGGGGAGGAGGGAGCAUGCGACUAUCUGGAAGAAAUAUACCUGGAGGAGGGGCUCUGUCUGUCUGUUUGAUCGAUCGCCCUGCUGGUUGAGAUUGGAGGGAGGGUUACCCAGCAGUUACCCUACCCACAGGUGUAGAAAUAGAGAUCAGAGAGGGUGAGGGGUUUCCCUCAGGGGCCACCCAGGAAUGGACCAAAGAAAGUUACUUAUAACUGUAAAAAAAUUAAGGCCAUUUUUCUCCAUCUGCCGCAACAGGGACACUGCCUAGAGCUUAUAAGCUGAAAUGGGGGAGGGCUGUGUGUGGACAGGAUUGUUGGCUCCAAAAUACCAAAUGAAAACCGCAAAAGCAAAAUCCACUACCAUCUAGUUAAGUGUCUAUAAAACGUAACAUUCUUCCACCGAGCCAAUUGCAACUUGGCCCAGCUGGAGUGGAGCACGUAUUAUAUUUAACGUGGGGUGCGGGUUUGUUUUAAUACAUCUGCAAUGACGGAGGGUGGGGUGCAGCCUCCGAAAGCAAGAGGACCCAGCCCAGGUCUUAAAAUCGUUCCGCCCACCUCUCAGGUUCUGUCUUCACAGCCUCUCCAGGAGCUGGCAAGAGAAUUUCUUCUCCCCAACGAACGGAAGGGAAAUUUGAGGUGGGAGAGGGUGAG